UUUUUUUGGUCACUUGUACAAUUAUAUAAGAAGCACUUAUUUAUUACUCCUGUUUUAUGUUUGAACUUGAUAAUUGAGAUACCCCUCUCUUAGCCUUUGCUAACCAAUGGAGUUCCAAUUUCCAUUCAACUUCAUUUUCUUAUUCCUUUUCCUAUUAUCCCUCUAUCUACUACAUGUGGAAUGGAAAAAAUCAAGAAACUUAAACAAAAAACUUCCUCCUGGCCCAUGGAAAUUGCCCCUUUUAGGAAGUGUCCAUCACUUGGCAUUAGAAGGUGGACUUCCCCAUCAUGCACUCACAAACUUGGGCAAAAAACAUGGGCCUUUCAUGCACCUUCAACUAGGUGAAAUUUCUACAAUCGUAGUUUCUUCUCUGGACAUGACACGAGAGGUCCUGAAAACUCACGACCUCGCUUUUGCAUCAAGGCCUAAAUUAGUAUCCCUAGACAUAAUAUGUUACAAGAGCACGGACAUCGUGUUUAGCCCUUAUGGAGAUUACUGGAGACAAAUGCGUAAGGUAUGUGUCUUGAAACUCCUCACAAACAAAAACGUCCGGUCCUUUAGUUCCAUCAGGCGGGAUGAGGCUUCACGCCUUGUGCAACUCAUCCAGUCAUCAACACGUGGCGAGCCGAUAAAUGUUACAGAGCGGAUCUUAAGGUAUGAGAGGUCAAUGACAUGCAAGGCAGCAUUUGGGGAUCAAUUGUUGAAAGAUGAAGAGAAAUUCAUUGAAAUACUAAGGGAAUUAGUGGAAUUGGCAGGUGGAUUUAGUGUGGCUGACAUUUUCCCUUCAAUCAAGAUCCUUCAUGUGGUAAGUGGAUUGAGGAGUAGAAUCUUGAAACUUCACAAAAAUAUUGAUGCUAUUGUUGAGGAUGUAAUCAAUAAGCACAAGAAGAAUAUUGCAAGUGGUAAAAAGGGAAACGGUGCAUUUGGAGGUGAAGAUUUAGUUGAUGUUCUACUAAGAUUAAUGGAGAGUGGGGAAUUUAAAAUCCCAAUCACCAAUGACAACAUCAAAGCAAUUAUGAUUGACAUGUUCGCCGGGGGAACAGAAACUUCAGGAACAAUAACAAUAUGGGCGAUGACAGAAAUGAUGAGAAACCCAAGUGUAUUAACAAAAGCACAAGCAGAAGUACGAAAAUCAUUCAAAGAAAAAGAAACUUUCAAUGAAGAUGAUAUUGAAGAAUUGAAAUACCUACAACAAGUUGUUAAAGAAACCUUGAGACUUCAUCCUCCAUUCCCUCUCUUAAUACCUAGAGAAUGCAUGGAAGAAACAAACAUCAAUGGUUACACUAUCCCAUUAAAAACAAGAGUCAUGGUUAACGUUUAUGCGAUGGGGAGGGACCCAAAGUAUUGGUUAGAUGCAGAAAGCUUUAUACCUGAGAGAUUCGAGCAGAGCUCUAUAGAUUACAUGGGGAAUAACUUUGAGUAUCUUCCUUUUGGUGCGGGAAGAAGAAUGUGUCCUGGAAUUACAUUUGGUUUGAUCAAUGUUUAUCUUCCACUAGCUAAAUUGUUGUAUCAUUUUGAUUGGAAAUUACCUAAUGGUGUAAAGCCUAAGGAUGUGGACAUGACAGAAAGUUGUGGAAUAACGGCAGCAAGAAGGAGUGAGCUUUACUUAAUCGCCACUCCUUAUUACCUUUCUCAAGAAUGAUAUUUGAUCUCUUUUUU